GCAUGGGUCGUGGAGAGAGCCUGUUAACCCUUACUAUGUCAACACGGGCUAUGCUCUGGCACCAGCGACCAGUGCCAACGACAGUGAGCAGCAGAGCAUGUCCAGUGAUGCUGAUACCAUGUCACUGACAGACAGCAGCGUAGAUGGGAUCCCACCCUACAGACUCCGCAAGCAGCAUCGCAGAGAGAUGCAAGAAAGUGCCAAAGCAAAUGGACGUGUGCCACUACCUCACAUUCCUCGUACAUACCGAAUGCCAAAGGAUAUCCACGUUGAACCAGAGAAGUUUGCUGCAGAGCUGAUCAAUCGUUUGGAGGAAGUCCAGAAGGAACGUGAGGCAGAGGAGAAGCUGGAGGAGCGCCUCAAACGCGUGCGAGCGGAAGAAGAAGGCGAGGAUGCAGAUAUCUCUUCUGGUCCCUCGGUCCUUAGCCACAAGAUGCCUUCUGCCCAAGCCUUCCACCACUUUGCUCCCCGUUACUCUGAGAUGGGCUGUGCUGGGAUGCAGCUGAGAGAUGCCCACGAAGAGAACCCAGAAAGCAUCCUGGAUGAGCACGUGCAGCGUGUGAUGAAAACACCAGGCUGCCAAUCUCCAGGACCCGGCCGCCACUCUCCUAAGCCACGGUCCCCAGAAAGUGGCCACUUAGGAAAGCUGUCAGGGACACUGGGGACAAUCCCUCCAGGGCACGGCAAGCACGCGACAAAAUCAGGAAUGAAACUGGAUGCAGCUAAUUUAUACCACCAUAAACACAUCUACCACCACAUCCACCACCACAGCGUGAUGAAACCAAAAGAGCAGAUCGAGGCCGAGGCCACGCAGCGGGUGCAGAACAGCUUUGCUUGGAAUGUAGAUUCACACAACUAUGCAACAAAGUCACGGAACUACACCGAAAACCUGGGCAUGGCCCCUGUCCCCAUGGACUCUUUAGGCUACAGUGGGAAAGCAAGUCUGCUCUCAAAAAGAAACAUCAAGAAGACCGAUUCAGGGAAAAGUGAUGGUGCCAACUAUGAGAUGCCAGGAUCUCCUGAAGACGUGGAGAGAAACCAGAAGAUCCUCCAGUGGAUCAUCGAAGGAGAGAAGGAGAUCAGCAGGCAUAAGAAAACAAACCAUGGCUCUUCAGGUGCAAAGAAGCAGCUGGGCCAUGACAUGAGCCGACCCCUCUCCAUCGAGCGGCCCGUGGCAGUGCACCCCUGGGUCAGUGCCCAGCUCCGAAACGUCGUCCAGCCUUCUCACCCCUUCAUCCAGGAUCCCACCAUGCCACCCAACCCAGCCCCCAACCCUCUCACCCAGCUGGAAGAAGCUCGCAGGAGGUUGGAAGAGGAGGAGAAGAGGGCUGGAAAACUGCCCCCCAAACAAAGGUUGAAGCCCCAGAAGAGGCCGGGCAGCGGCGCGUCCCAGCCCUGCGAGAACAUCGUGGUGGCUUAUUACUUCUGUGGAGAGCCCAUCCCCUACCGCACCCUCGUCAAGGGCCGCGUGGUCACCCUGGGGCAGUUCAAGGAGCUGCUCACCAAGAAAGGCAACUACAGGUAUUACUUUAAGAAGGUGAGCGACGAGUUCGACUGCGGCGUGGUCUUCGAGGAGGUGCGGGAGGAUGACACCAUCCUGCCCAUCUUCGAGGAGAAGAUCAUCGGGAAGGUGGAGAAGAUCGACUAA